AUGUCCAGCCUGACGACAGACCAAGCUACUCAGGUGAAUUCCAGGUGGAAACUACGCAAUGGAGACGUGUCCGAAGCCUACAUCAAGCACUUAAUAACCACACUUCCUUCCACGUGUCUGUACAGCCGGGAGGGGGCGCUGCUAGGAUACGCCCUCACCUAUCACUACGGGUGUCUGGGGGUGCUGUACGUGCUGGAAGAACACCGAGGCAAUGGGUACGGAAAGGUGGCCAUGUCCCAGCUCGCUCUAAAACAUCUGCAAAAAAAGAACAAAGAGGUGUUUGUCAUGAUACAACGUGUCAAUACAGCGUCUAUCAAGAUGCAUGAAGCCAUUGGGUUUGAGGUUAUUCCAGAUACGUCAUUUGAUUGGAUAUUAUGUGAUGACUAA